AUGGGCAUGGCUGAGAAGGGGUCGGCGACAAGAAAGGCAGGGCUGAUCACCAAGACGUUGGACCGGUGCCGGAGCACACCUGUGAAGCAGAAGCCAGCGGGGGGUUGCUUCUCAGUGUAUGUCGGUGCCGGGCGGGAGCGGUUUGUGGUGCGCACUGAGUGUGUGAACCACCCUUUGUUCAGGACACUGCUGGAGGAGGCCGAGGAGGAGUUCGGAUAUGCGGCCGCAGGGCCCCUUGAGCUACCCUGCAACGCCGAGGCGUUCGCCAGGGUGCUGCAGCAGAUCGAGGAGGAGAAGCAGAGGGCGGUGGGCCUUGCCAGGAGGAACUCCUACGGGCUACUUGGCUCCGGCCGGCCUGUCAUCGUUGGCCGAUCCUAG